UAAUAAUGUUCAUCAAGCUUAUACAACCAAUUAAGCACAGCGCAUGUAUGUUUCUAGUGUCUGAGUAUAUGUUUAUAUCAUGCAUGCUGGUUCCAUUACGUCAAUGUGAAACAAUCAGCUUUCUUCAUUUAUUUAUUUCACUGUUGUAGGUUACCAGACUACAUGUAUGCGAGUGAUGUAACCCUUUACAAGUAGUAGUAGCAGUAUUGUUUUAAUGUGAAGAAGGGUGAGAGAAAGAAAAAAAAAUAAUGUUUCUUUUCACAACAACCAUCUGUUGCUGUUGGUUGCCAGUGAUUUGGACUUGAAAGCGCCCAUCUUUUCAUGUCCAUUUGACAUUGAUAGUUGAUACAUCACUUGGCUAGUUGAUGUCUUCUUCUUUUGACUCUCUCUUUCUCUCUGCUACCUCCUCCUCUCCCUCCUGUUUCUUCAUCGUUGUCAAGCACUGUGUUUAAGUCUUACUUAAAAGUUUAAACUUAUUACUCAUUCACCACUCACACAGAAAGAGAGCAACUCAUAGAUACAAGAAAUGGGGUCUCUGGUUGCUGAAACAGCCAUGAAGAAACCAAUGUGGUUGUAUCCAAAGGUUUUGGGUUUUAAUCCUUCUGAAAGAUGGGGACACUCUGCUUGCUUCUCUGGGGGGCUUAUGUAUGUCUUUGGGGGCUGUUGUGGGGGGCUACAUUUCGGAGAUGUUCUGUGUUUGGACCUUGAAAAAAUGGAUUGGAGCAAGCUUGCCACCACAGGUGAAAAGCCAGGCCCUAGAGAUAGCCACAGUGCUGUUCUUGUAGGGCACAAAAUGAUAGUUUUUGGUGGCACAAAUGGGUUGAAGAAGGUGAAUGACACUCAUAUAUUGGACCUUGUUACCAAGGAGUGGUUUCGUCCAAAAUGUGAAGGGACUCCUCCUUCUCCAAGGGAAAGUCACACUGCAACCCUAGUUGGGGAUGAAAGACUAGUGAUUUUUGGUGGCAGUGGAGAAGGUGAGGCAAACUAUUUGAAUGAUUUGCAUGUUCUAGACCUUCGAACCAUGAGGUGGACUUCUCCUACGGUCAAAGGUGAUUUUCCUGUGCCUAGGGACAGUCACAGCACUCUUGCAAUUGGGAACAAGCUUAUUAUGUAUGGUGGAGACUGUGGUGAUCAGUAUCAGGGUGAUGUUAAUGUUCUUGACAUGGAUACGAUGAGUUGGUCAAGGUUGAGAAUUCAAGGUUCUUCCCCAGGAGUCAGGGCAGGCCAUGCGGCUGUGAAUAUUGGAACCAAGAUCUACAUCAUUGGAGGGGUAGGAGAUAAACGUUAUUAUAAUGACAUAUGGGUCUUUGAUAUCUGCACUUGUUCGUGGACUCAGCUUGAUAUUCGUGGUCAACAACCACAGGGUCGGUUUUCUCACACAGCUGUUGUUGCAGACAUGGAUAUUGCCAUAUAUGGCGGCAGGUGUGGGGAAGAUGAGCGUCCUUUGAACGAAUUGUUAGUGUUGCAGCUUGGAGCAGAGCAUCCAAAUGGGCGUUACAACAUUUCCAUGUGCAAAGUUUUUGGAACUUGUUGGAACCAUGAAAAGAGGACCAUACCUGGAGGAGCAGAUACCAACUCGACAACUCCACGCAAUGGGAAUAAUAAUAUGGAAGUCUUGGGUAAAUGGGCUUAUGAAGUUGUAUCGGAUAAAGUGAACCCUUGUCACUUUGAUUCUGGCACAUCACAACAGAAGAGGAGGAGAAUUGCUAUUGCAAAGGUGUGGGAUGUUGAAUCAGAACAAGAAGAACAUUCUCUUUCACUGUCCCAGCAUUCAUCUCCAUCUCAAUCUGAUCAAGAACAGACCCCAGGUCAAAAAUCAAAUGUUUCUGUCAUGGAUGCUCAGAGUUAUCAUUGGUUCAAACAGAUCAAUAAAAGUCCAAGCUAUUGCCAGCUUGACAAUAUCCCAAGUAAUAACACAGCUUUGAAGAAUAUCACACAACGAAGUGUUCAUCUCAUAGAAAAUCAACCAAAACAAGAACAUUAUCUUCAUGUUGAUGAGGAUCGAAAAGGAGCUCGACAUACUCAACACCUGAUUGGUGCUGAAGUUCGGGGGAAAGUUGAUGGAGCCUUUGAUUCAGGUUUACUCAUGACUGCAGCUGUGAAUGGAAGAGUUUUCAGAGGAGUAUUAUUUGCACCAGGAGCAGGAGUAUUCUCCACAAGUGUUGAGCCAAAGUGUUCUGUAUCAUGUUCAUUUCCCUCCACUCAACCAUUUAUGAACUCAAAUCAUCAUGUGAGGGAUUCUCAGCAAGUAGCAAAUUGUUCGCGUGCAGAGCCCUGCCACGGCAUAAGCCAACCUGUGCUAGCUCAGCCAACACCAAUCAUGAGAGGCACUACUGUGUCUUUAGCCAAAGAGCAUAAAGUGAGGAGUGACCUUCAAGGGUUGGUUUUGACACUUGGAGGGCCUGCAAGUGGAAACCAUGCUUGAUCCUUAGGUGACUUGUUGGAAAUUAAGGUUAAUAAGGUUCAUGUAAAUUUUGGAAAUAAUCCUUUGUACUGCAAUGGUUAUGCAUUUGAGGGAUUAACCAUGGGUUGUGUAAUACUAGUAUUUGGUAACUUAGAUCUAUAUUUGAUUAUGUAUUAGCGGGAAGAGUAAUGUUAUAUUUUUCUAUAAAAUCUUCCUGAUACUUUAACGUGUUUAA